UUUUUCGUUUUAUUUUUUUUUUGUUCGCAUUACAGUGAUUACAUUGUUAUUUAAGUUUUGUGGUUUGUUUUGUAUAGUGGUUUUGGUUUUUGAGAUUUGCGGUUAAGAAUUGAAGUUUUGUUUUUGUUUGAAAUCCAGCGGUGUUGAUGUGAAGUGUUUAAAGUUAAACUUUUGUUAGUGUUCACUAACUAGGAUGUUUGUAAAGUGACUUUGUAAAGUUAUUUGGCAUUAUGAAGCUUAUUUGGAAAGUUUUGUGCUGUUUGCUACUUCUUGCACAGGCUGUAACGGGCAACUGGUGGAACCUAGCCGCUCCCCGUCCACCGACGCAGCUCGGUAACACGUCACUGGAAACCUUCACGGCGCUGCACAAAGAGAAUUGCCACAGACUAGAGUUCCUGGUUGAACGACAGAAACAACUGUGCAUGCUGUCUGAUACUAUGAUUAAGGUCCUGCAGACUGGUGCCCAACAAGCAGUGGAAGAGUGUCAGCACCAGUUCCGACACAGCCGGUGGAAUUGCAGUACUGUUGAAAAUUCUACUGAUAUCUUCGGCGGUGUGCUUAAGUUCAAAUCUCGUGAAUCAGCCUUCGUGCAUGCUCUGUCAGCGGCGGCGUUGGCGCAUGCAGUGGCCCGCGCGUGCUCUCGUGGUGAACUCAAUGAGUGCUCCUGCGACUCUCGCGUCAGAAAACGUACGCCUAGGCACUGGCAAUGGGGAGGGUGUUCUGAAGAUAUUAGAUAUGGGGAGAUGUUCAGCAAAGAUUUCUCUGAUUCCAAAGAAGACAAGAACACUGAUGAAGGACUGGUGAACCUGCACAACAAUGAGGCUGGACGACGGGCGGUUCGCGGUCGUAUGCAGCGUGUAUGCAAAUGCCACGGUAUGUCCGGAUCUUGCUCAGUUCGUGUCUGCUGGCGUCGUCUGCCGCAACUGCGCAUGAUUGGUGAUGCAUUGUCCACGAGAUAUGAAGGGGCCUCCCAUGUAAAGGUUGGUCAAGUGGUCGAACGCAAGCGAGGCAAGAAUAUAAGAAAGCUGAGGCCAUUACACAUGGACAUGAAGAAACCUAACAAGACUGAUCUCGUGUACUUGGAGGAUUCGCCAGACUAUUGUGAACCUAAUGACGAGCUCGGCAUUUUAGGCACUCGUGGCCGUACUUGCAACAGAACGUCAGCUGGUCUCGAUGGCUGUCGCCUACUAUGCUGUGGACGAGGAUACCAAACCAGGGUGAGAGAUCACGAAGAAAAAUGCAGAUGCCGUUUCGUCUGGUGUUGCAAAGUUCACUGCGAAAUCUGUCGGUUUAAGCGAGACCAUCACGUUUGUAAUUAAAGGAAGUUUUAAUUGGCAAGAAGUCUGUGUAACGGCCGGUUUUACAGCCUCUAGAUAACCAUUAUCUACCAGAUAAAUUUCAAAUGGAAGAGCAAAUAAAUAUUGAAUACUCAUCAGAUAAAAUCAUGAAUAUUGGGAGAGUUGUGGAACUGGCCCUUAAGUAUUAGUAGAUUUGCAAUGAUGCCAAUGUUAAUUAAGAUAUAGUUGAGGAGACUAAUACGAAUUGAAAGAGGCUUUUGGAUUUAGUUGAGUUUAUUUAAGUUGGUGGCAAAGAUAUGAUGAAAGAGGUUGGAUAUGUUUUAGGUACUGCUGUAAUGUCUAAUGAUGCAGUAAGUAAGGACGUUAAAAAGGGGGACAUAAUAUCACUUACAAAUGAUUGAAGCACCAAAAUAUCAGUGGUUUUUUAUGAGUGCGUGUGUAAUGGGUUACCACGUUACCAGAUUUGAAAAAAUGACAGAUACUCCUUCGUGUCAAUGUGUGUAUGUUCUGCGUAUAAGUCUAUAGUAGCCAGGUGCCACAGUCGUUGUUUCAAGAGACAGUGUUCGCCUCUUUUCAACGUCCUUGGUAGUAAGCAUUAAAGAAGGAAGAAGCAAUAUUUUAACACUGAAUUUUAUAAAUAACCUAAAGAUUUUUUUAAGAAGACUAGUAAAGUAACAUCAGUACGAAUAAAUGAUAACAAUAAUAUGACCUAAUUUGAACGAAACCUUAUUUGAUUUCAUAAGCUAAAUGAAGCUACUAAGAUCUAUAUGAAGAUACUCGCAGAACAUUUUUGCCUUUUGCAUCAUAAAUUUUUUAUAACGCUCUCUUCAAAAUUUCAAUCUGAUUCUGUUAUUUACUACGCCACAAUCAUUUCUGAUUUAAUUGUGUAAAAAUCAGUGAGUCCAAUAAAGUUCAUUUUUGUUAAGUUUAAUCAUAAUUUUGAGAAAUAAAAUUGUUCUACGCUUGUAGCCUAGAAGAAGGGCUUAGUACAAGGUUGUUUUACGUUUACAGAAAUAAACACACGUUCGGUGCUCUGAUUGGCCGGCUACAAUGAACCAACCAAUUAGAGCGCCGAACUUAUUCUCGUUUCGAUUACUUCUAACCCAAAUCAAACUCGUAAUAGGCCUCAGUUCAGUAAAGAUUGUGGAAUAAUUGCAAUUUGUAAUUUCUGUAACGUUUUCCAAAUAUUUUGCGACCGCCAUCAUAAAUGUUGGAUGUAAAAUUUUCAUUAAUUAUUAUUAAUUAACAAAUUAACAGAAUCUUAUUAUAAAACGCUGACUGAUUAUUAAUUUUAAUUUAGUUUUUAGAUAACAUUUAAUUUUCUGAAGAUUAAGCUUUA